UAAGCCAGCUGACGUGGAAGCAGUUCUCUCUUUCAGGACAAAAAUAAGACGCAUUUCGGAACAGAUUGUCGGAGAGACAGGAACAACAUCAAGGUGAGUAAAACGGGACAACUUUCAGGAAUGGCCUCCUCUGACACUUCCUGGUCUGAGGACAACUUUUCAUGUUCCAUCUGUCUGGAUGUCUUCAGCAGCCCAGUUUCCACCCCAUGUGGACACAACUUCUGCAGAAUCUGUAUUACAAAAUUCUGGGAUGAACAACUCCAGUACAAAUGUCCUGUUUGCAACGAGCUUUUCCAUACUAGACCUGAUCUACGGGUCAAUACCCUCUUAUCAGAGCUGGCAGCUCAGUUUAGAACGACCGAACGAGAAGAAGAGCAGCCUUGUGUUGAACCAUCAGGAGUUGCCUGUGACGUCUGUACUGGGACCCAGCUGAAGGCCGUGAAGUCCUGCCUAGUGUGUCUCAUCUCUUACUGCCAAACCCACCUGGAGCCACAUCAGAGAGUCGCAGGCCUGAAGAAACAUCGGCUGGUCGAGCCUAUGGACCGUCUGGAAGAAAGGAUUUGUACGAAACACAAUCAACUUCUGGAGCUCUUCUGCCAGACUGAACAGGUGUCUGUCUGUCAGUUCUGCACAGAGACAGACCACAGGUCCCAUACUAUUGUACCUCUAAAGGAGGAAUAUGAAGUGAAGACGGCCCAGCUCGGGAAGAUGGAGGCUGAAGUUCCGCAGAUGAUCCGGGAGAGAAAACUAAAGAUUAAGGAGAUCGAAGACACAGGAGACAUGAGCAAGGACGAUGCAGACAGAGAGAUAGCUGAUGCUGGGCAGGUCUUCAAUGCUCUGAUAUGCUGUGUUGAAAAGUGCCGGGAUGAUUUCAACCAAACGGUAAAAGAGAAACUGAAAUCCACAGAAAAAGAAUCUGAAGAAUUCACCAAAGAGCUGGAGCAGGACAUAGAAGAUCUGAACCAAAGAAGCUCAGAGCUGAAGCCACUCUCACACACUAAAGACCACCUCCACUUCCUCCAGGCCUUCAAAUCCCUGAAGGAUCCUCCACCAACCAGGGACUGGACGACGGUGGAGGUACGUCCUCCAUCAUACGUAGGGACUUUGACGAGAUCCCUGGAUCAGCUGGAGGAGACACUGAACAUGGAGAUGAAGAAGCUGCGUGGUGCUGAACUGAAGGGGGUCCAGCAGAAUGAAGUAGCUGCGAGUCUGGAUCCUGAUACAGCUCGUCCCGCACUCAUCCGGUCUGAGGAUGGGAAACAAGUGAAUCAUGGAGAUGUGGUGAAGAAACUCCCAGCCAUCCCUAAGAGCGUUAUCCAUGUUCAGCCUGACCUGAGAACAGGUGUAAAGAAAUAUUCCUGUGAACUCACACUGGACCCGAACACAGCCCACAGACAUCUCUCUCUGUCUGAGGACGACACAGAGGUGACACAGGAAGGAUGCAAUCAGGGGUAUCCUGGUCACCCAGAAAGAUUUAACUACUACAGACAGGUGUUGUGUAGAGAGGGUCUGACUGGCCGCUGUUACUGGGAGGUAGAGUGGGAAGGAAGGGUGGAUAUAGGAGUGACAUACAGAGGAAUCCAAAGGAAAGGAAGAGGGGAAGACGCUGAGAUUGGACAGUACGCAGAUUCUUGGAGUCUUCAAUGUGAUGGUGAAGAUGACAACGCUACCUGGUACAACGAGAAUCAAGAAGAAUGGUUUACCCUCCCGUGUAACAGAAUAGGAGUGUACCUGCACCAUUAUGCUGGGGUUCUGUCCUUCUACAGUGUGUCCUCAGAUUACGGCGAGCCCUCAGGAAAACUGACACACAUCUACACCUUUCAUUCCACAUUCACUGAGGAGCUCUACCCUGGGUUUCUGUUACAUGAUACUGAUUCCACAGUGUCUCUUUGUCAGUUGUAGUCUCCCUCUCUCCCGCCCUCCCUCAUUGAUUGCAUGGCAGGGGUGAUCUCUACAGAGUGGUGAGGUGUUGAGUAUUGAUAAUCUACAGUCAUGUGAAGUCGUUUUUUUACUGCGGGUCUAGGGAGGGUCUUGUGGUCUUUGUAGCUGGGCAACAUUUCCAAUAGGUCACAAUGACAGAGGUGACCAAAGUCUCACCGAAGCACCGUGUUAAGGUUUUGCAGAUGUUUCAGUGUACGCUUGAAGCGUGUGUGUUGUAUGUUGCUGAGGCCGUGGACAAUGGUUGAGUACAUUCUGUCCAAAAUUCGGAAGGAGGGAAAAUCGUAGACGUUUUUGGAAACAAAGGAUAAGUAAAAAGUUUUUUUGUUUUCAUGCUCUUCUAUUCUUUGAUGAACAUGGUUCCAGGCUGUCACACGCUCCCCCCCCGCCUUAUUAAAUGUGCUGUCACUUGCAGAUGGCUUUGCAUAGGCCAAACUUUUACAUUUUACAUUUACAUUUAGGGCAUUUAGCAGACGCUUUUAUCCAAAGCGACUUACGAUAAGUACAUUUGUCACAAGAAGUGCAUCAAUAUAUCGCUGUCGGUACAGAAAGGAUGUUCAUAGAACCAAGUGCAAGUACAACAAUCGCUAUGCUAACCAAUUCCCUGUGUUACAGCAAUGAUAGCAGCUACUGCAGUUGCUACACAGUGAAGUACUAUAAUACAAUACAAUACAAUACAAUACAACACAAUACAAUACAGUGUGCAAUGGUGGCCAGAAGGGGGAGGGUGGCUAUGCAGAGUCGAGGUGGACUCUGAACAGGUACUGAACAUACUUAACAGCACAGAGAGUUGUCUAUUUAACAGUAUGUGAGCCACUUUCUGUUGAUACCAUCUUUCGUCUCAUAUAUGCCAACACCUGUUCUGGGGGGUUGUUGAGGGUGGAAGUUAAAAACUGGCAAAAACUUUGGAGGCUGGGCGUGCAAAAUAAGUAAAUCCCUCACCCUCAUCUGGGUGUAUAGCUAGCUCAGCUUCCCCUUUGCUGGAACCUGACUCUGCCUGGGUUGACUACAGAGCUACAUCUGCAAUAGUGGAUAUUCUUUUAAUUUAUGUUUUUUAUUAUUUCGAACAUAAUCUUGGGUUUUUAUUUCUAUUCAUAAAAAAAUUGCCCAUCCAACCCUGCACACUGGCCCUUGUACAUUUCACUUUUUCUUUGCUGGUUUGUGCUCCAUCAAUCAUCGUCUCAGCAUCACCACUACGUCACUGGACUAUAGUAACAAUAAUAAAAUAUAGACUAUGAUUCUUAAAAAACUUAAAUAAAACUUUAAUACUUUGCAUAAUGUAUUUAAACAAUACCUGCUCACUUAAACUGCUUUUUCUCCCGAUUUAAUCUGAACUUAAUUAUUAUGUUGUAAAGGACACAACAAUGCUGGUCUUAAUAUUUACAUUUCUGUAUGUACUGUUUACUGUUUAAUUAUUGUAUGCAUUUUUUAGGCUGUCUGAUUCUUGUCUAUUUGUUUCUUGUGUGUAACACCAAGGACCAUGCUGGAAAUAAGAAUUACAAUUUUGCGUUUUGCAUGGCUUUGGAUUACUGUUUUAGUGUUUUGAUCCAGAAAUAAAGCAAAUCAAAUCAAUCAU